AUGUUGGAGGAGGAGGAUUUGUUGAAGAAGCAAGUGUCGCCUGAUAUGCGGCACCCAGAAGGCAUUUUCCUCUCCACUUCCGAUUUGCCCAAGUUGCGAAAUCUGGAAAAGGGGGUGGACAUAUUGGUUGCUAGUCCAGGCCGGUUGGUGGACUUCAUAGAGAGAGGCAAAAUUUCCCUUAGGAACGUUAAUUUGGCACUGGAUGAGGCGGACAGGAUGCUGGACAUGGGCUUCGAACGCCAAGUCCGAAAGAUUGUUCAGCAAAUGGAGAUGCCUCAACCGGGUGCUAGGCAGACAAUGCUCUUCAGUGCAACAUAUCCAGCUGAAAUACAGAAGCUGGCAUCAGACUUUCUAUCGAACUACAUAUUUCUAGCUGCUAGAAAGGUUGGAUCAAGCACGGAUCUCAUUGUUCAAAGAGUUGAAUUUGUCCGUGAUGUCGACAAACGAGACCAUUUGGUGAUUCUUCUUCUUGAUAUCAUUCUCUUGCAGGAUGCAUUGACACUGGUGUUUGUGGAGACAAACAGAGCAGCAGAUGCAUUGGAAUGCUGGUUGUCCAGGAAAGGUUUCCCCUCUACUGCCAUUCAUGGUGACAAAAUACAAAUGGAGAGAGAGAGAGCACUGAAAUUAUUCAGAAGUGGUUGCACUCCAAUUCUGGUUGCAACAGACGUAGCUGCUUGGGGACUGGACAUUCCUCAUGUUGCACAUGUAAUAAAUUUUGACUUACCAAGAGCUGUAGAUGACUAUGUUCACAGGAUCGGACGGACCGGCCGUGCUGGCAAGUCAGGGUUGGCAAUAGCAUUUUUCAGCGAGAAGAAUGCACCUCCUGCAAAACCACUGGUUGAAUUGAUGCAGGAAACGAAUCAAGAAAUACCCGAGUGUGUAGGGUGGAUAACCCCAGUGAUAUCUCGUAUUACCAAAUACCUAUCAACUAUUACAAGGUAUAGCAAUGGAGUACCGAACUCCUUAAUACAGACCGAGAUAUGA